CCGGCCUGCAGAUCCGUACCAUUAACGUUUGUCGGCACCUCGAACGUCGGAAUUUUAUUCUGUCGUCGGGGUGCACUGGGAGUUGGUAAUGUGUGAUGUCGGAAAUCCCGGACACCACAGCUCGUUGGAGGUCAUCAAUCCGCCGAAUAAUAAAGUCAUGAAUUGGUUUGCUCGCAUUUUAGCACAUUACUCAUGUGUGGUUCUUUUGGUGGUCGCAGUGUUUGCUGGAUCCUGCCUUAUUGUACCCCUCAUCUUCAUGAAAACACCUGACUUUUCUGAUCCUCAGAUGGGUUUUGAGGCGAGGGGCACCACAUUGGCACAGAGGUCGACAGCAUGGAAGAACCUGCUGGAUGCAGCAGGCUCUUCUGGUCAGCUCACAGUUAAUCCCAGGCGCAUUAAACAACCUCAGUAUAACGUCUCACAGAAUGUUAUUUCAAACGGCUAUGGAUCACAGGAAACUAGUACAAUUCUUGCCCCCAAUAUGACAGCAUUAGAUAAUCUGCCAGAAGACGUAACAGGUGUGGUCCGGACAGGAGUGAGCAGCAUACCAGGUGACACAGAAAGUACCCCAACCUGGGUCUAUGCUUUGAACACAUCAGAGGUUUUCCAAGGAUCAAAUGAUACUGAUAGAAACAGAAAAGUAGAUCCAAUAGCAGUCCUGAAAGAAAUGUUGAAUUCUGGGAUUAACCCCCUGGAUCAUGAUCACAACCACCAACACAUUUCCAGUGAUGGUUUCUUCUGCUCAUCACCAAGUGCUGGCUAUUCACGAGUAGUGUUCAGUGCCACCGGCGGUGGAGAUUUGUUCACAUUGGAUUCUAUCCUCUCCAUGUGCCACAUUGAGGCUCAGAUGAUUGCAAGUGAAGAGUACCACACUAUUUGUGAGUCCACUUCUCAUGAAAAGUGCUGCCACAGUUGGUCCCUAGGAAACUACAUUGCAUUCUUGCAUAAUCGGCCUUCCUGCUUUGCAGUCACUAGUGAAGAUGUGGAUGCUACAAAGGCAUUAUUGCAAAUGUGUUCCCACUAUUACCACAACCUCACACUGACACCAGAUUGCCAGGAGGAAAGUUUAUGGUUCUGCAAGCAGGUACCACAACAGUGCAGACAACAUAAUGCAGUUUACAACAUUAUGUACUAUCUGGUUGAUGCCAACUUUCUUCCUCCAAAUAAUUGCUGCAUCAGCAGUCUGGUCAACACAAUGCUUAUCCUGCCAAUAGCACGCAGCUCUGCAACCCUUGCAUAUUACCAUUCACUUGAUCUGCACGCCUUGCAGCAUGGGAAUGUUGAGGUGGUUGCUAUGGACUUUGGCCUGAAGAGUACCUUGUUUCACGAGUGUUUGGUGCAGGACACUUGGAUGAUUGGUGCUGGAGGCACGUUUGUGCUUGUUUGCAUGUGGCUGUACACUGGAUCGCUGUUUGUCACCAUCAUGACAGUCAUUGCAGUCGCUUUCUCGCUCGGGAUGUCAUACUUCAUGUAUACUGUCAUCUUUGAGCUGCAUUUCUUUCCUUUUAUGAAUCUCCUGGCCACUAUUGUAGCUGUCGGUAUCGGAGCAGAUGAUGCAUUCAUCUUCUGUAAGGUGUGGCGGUAUGUUAAAGCUGAGAAGAAUAGUGGUAUCUCGGUUGAGCUGGUACAUGAUGCUCUCAAACAUGCCACACCAUCCAUGUUUGUCACCUCCCUCACCACUGCGUCUGCAUUCUAUGCUUCUUACAUCAGCUCCAUAACUGCCAUUAGAUGCUUCAGUGUGUUUGCCGGUACCGCUACUUUGGCAAACUUUGUUCUGAUGCUGACAUGGCUGCCAGCAGCUGUAGUGGUAUCUGAACAAUGGUGUUUCGCUCCGAUGGUACCUCCUCGUUGGUUCACAUGGCACAAUAAGUUGCGGCCUGCUGUUAUGGCCGCAGGCCAGGCCCGUGCACUACUGGAUAAAUUCCUUGUGUUGUCUAUCACCAAACUACAUUACCUCUGGCUUUGUCUCCUUGGAGGAAUAGCCCUUGGAAGCAUAGGAGUUGUGUUCUACUAUCCUCGUCUCAAAUUGCCAGAUUCUAGGAACUUCCAGCUGUUUGAUAGUCAGCAUCCAUUUGAGCGCUAUGAUGUGGUCUACAGGGAUAACUUCUGGUUUGAACGGCUUAAGAUGGGAAGUAAUGAAGAUGCUCUUACUGCCAAGAUGCCACUUCGAUUUGUGUGGGGAAUUUUGCCUAUUGAUAAUGGUGAUUACUUGGACCCCAGGAGAAGAGGCACCAUCGUAUAUGAUGAUACAUUUGAUAUGGCAGCUCCAGAAUCUCAGCGAUGGCUUCUGCGUUUCUGUCGACGCCUUAAAAUGCAAAGCUUUUAUCAGUCUAUGCCAGGGCCUCUUCUACCAAACUGCUUCAUCGUAUCUUUCAAAAACUGGAUGCAGCGACGUUGCAGAGAUCCUGUGAAUCAUAUUGACAGAACUCCUUGUUGUGAAAACUCAGUUUUCCCUUACAAGCGCCGGGUCUUCGAGAUGUGCAUAGUCCAAGCUAUAGCAGAUUUGUAUGAAACCCCUUUAUACUUAAGACCAGGUGUAGCAGGACUUAAAUUCUCAGAUGGGAAACGUCCUAAAAUACGUGCGCUUAUUGUCGAAUAUGAUAGUAAUCAUUCUUACUCGCCUUCAUUUUCUGAAAUGGAUGACUUCUUCCAAGAAGUUGAGUCAUGGACACGUAAGGAGCUCUCAGAAGCUCCACCUGGUAUGCGAAAUGGUUGGUUUGUGAGUGACCUUGAAUUUUAUGAUCUGCAGUGUACAUUGUCACUGGAUACCCUUGUAUCCAUUGGUGUUUCCAUGGCUGUUGCUCUUGGUGUAUUGCUUCUUGUCACGCUGAAUGUCUUUAUUAGCCUAUAUGCCAUCCUCACAAUAUUGUGCAUUAUCUUUGUGACAGUUGCAGUACUUGUGUUAUUUGGAUGGACAUUAAAUGUCCUAGAGUCCAUUGCAAUAUCAAUAGCCAUUGGUCUGUCUGUUGACUUUAGUCUCCAUUAUGGAGUCCACUAUCGCAUGUGUUCGGCUGAGAACAGGGAAUUAGCUAUAACUUAUGCCGUCUCCUGUAUGGGAGGUCCCACAGCCAUGGCAGCCCUGACCACAGCUGCUGCUGGGGCCUUCAUGCUCCCUUCCACAGUGCUUGCCUAUAUCCAAAUAGGAAUGUUCUUGGUAAUUGUGAUGACCAUUAGUUGGAUGUACUCCACUUUUUUCCUAGGAUCUCUGCUUUGUGUUGGUGGACCUCAGCAUGGAUUUGGGCAGUUUUCAUAUACACGCUGCAUCAGGGGAGACAGAAGCAAUGGGAAUUCAAGGGCUGCUGAUCGGGUCAACAAGACAGUUCAUAGCAACGUCUUUUCUGAUUCAACGCUGUCAACAUCUAGUACAGGCUGUGCUUUACAUCCUAGUACAAGUGAGAGUCAUGAGUUGGAAGCGUUAAAUGUAAGAAUUCACAGGGGAAGCUUUAAUCGAAGACUCCGUCGGUCAGGUAGUACCUUGACGACAUUACCAUCCUCAGCAUCUCUACCACUUUCACAUUGUGCCACUACUCGUAAAGUUUCUUUACCCACUGACCAGUCAUCUUCUGCACCGAGUGCUGCAACGGUUAUCCUAGUUGAUGACAGAGAUGUGGAUUCACGACCUACCAUAGCGGAUGCCACAGAAGAGCCCCUCAUGAGAUAUUAAUGUUCACACAAUGCCAUUUUAGUUAGAUUCUAAAGGGUUCUGAUGAUGUUGUAUGACAUAUAACAUAUAAACAUAUAUAUAAGACUUUCCAAUUUGUGAUUAGUAUAAAAUACAGUGGAACCCCCAUUUAACUUUCUUGAUUUAAGAGUUUCCCUCACUGAACAUCCAAUUUCAAUGACCUCGAAGUCAAUAAACUUGACGUGAAUUUUCUCUAUUUAAGAUUUCCAUCACUUUAGUAUUUAAAUCCCCUGCUCACCAAAGAAAUCUUAAAUGGGUGUUUUCAUGGUAUGUGUGUAAAGUGAGACAUCUGUGUCUGGGGGUGUGAUACUACAUGAUGCUUUUUACUUUCUAUCGAUGAACGAUGUUUGUGGCAGAAAAGUCUGGUCAUUCUGUGUCAAUGAGAAAACGCUUUUCACAGUUUUAUUCUGGACUUAAUAAUAUACGAGUGAAAUGGGACUCAGAAUUACUGAGUUUCUGGACUUUGUCCCUUGUCCAGUAUUCUGAAAAACUUGAAAAAACGGCGUUUCAGAAACUGGAUCUCUUUACAUACUCAGGUGUAGGUGGAGACACCUAAUUACCUUAUGAUGGAAAGAAAUGCAGUUUCCGAAAAAUUGUGUUUUCUAGUUUCCGACCUCAGGUGAGCUGGGAAACACCUGCUCUGUUGGGUCCCUUAGAAAGGGCCAACCUCAGUCCAGUGAUUGAGGUUAGCACUUUCUAAGGGACCCAACAGAGUAGGUGGCUCCCCUACUUACCUGAGGAUAGAUUCAGUUUCCGAAACGUAAUAUUCUCUAGUUUUUCACAGUACUGGACGAUGGACAAAGUCCAAAAACUCAGUGAUUCUGAGACCCAUUUCACUUAUAUAUUAUUAGCUUCAGAAUAAAACUGGAAAGUGUUCUCUCAUUGACAUAGAAUGAGUAGACUUCUCUGCCACAAUCAUUAUUCAUCAUCAGGAAGCAAAAAAACAUUGUGUAGUAUCACACCACAGACAUGGAUGUCUCACUUUACACAUAUACCAUGAAAAACCCAUUUAAGAUUUCUUUCGUGAGCAGGGGAUUUGAAUACUAAAAUCAUGAAAAUUUUAAAUGGAGGAAAUUUCACAGAGAGAUUAAUGAUUUCAGAGUCAUUGAAAUUGGUUGUUAAAUGAGGGGAACUCUUAAAUCAAGGGAAGUUAAAUGGGAGUGCCACUGUAUCUCAUAGUUAUCAUAAAGUGCGGAGGUCUUUUGUGUAAUCCAGUGUACUUAUGUAAACUCAUAGGGUCAGUUCUCUGUUAUGUGUAAUGUAAAGACAGUAAAGUGAUGUCAUGAAAUGUCUUUCUUUCAAUUCGAAUGCUGACAUGUGCCUCAGUGUUUACUAUGGCAAGGAAUAAUCUGGACUGGAUUGCCUAACUUGUUUCAGUGGUGUAAAAUUUGGGACAGAAUUCCCAUUGCUGGUCUGCUUGUUUUAAUGUGAAAACUCAGAAUGAGUUCUGAAUACUGGAUGUUUUUACACUAUGAAUAGAGAGCUAUAGAUUUUUUAUUAAAUUGUUAUAAACUUGCAAGAGAUUCAGUGAAAA